ACCUUCAAACGGUGCCCUCCCCUGCCCACCACCAGCGUGAUCAUUGUGUUCCACAACGAGGCUUGGAGCACGCUGCUGAGGACGGUGUACAGCGUCCUCCACACCUCCCCGGCCGUCCUCCUCAAGGAGAUCAUCCUCGUGGACGACGCCAGCGUGGACGAUGUGCUGAAGGACGAGCUGGACGAGUAUCUGAAGCGGCUGCCCAUCGUCCGAGUCGUCCGCCAACGAGAGAGGAAAGGACUCAUUACGGCGCGGCUGCUGGGGGCCUCCGUGGCGACUGGCGAUACGCUCACCUUCCUGGACGCCCACUGCGAAUGCUUUAACGGCUGGCUGGAGCCUCUGCUGGCCAGGAUUGCAGAGAACUACACUGCGGUAGUUAGUCCGGACAUCACCACCAUCGACCUCAAUACCUUUGAGUUCAUGAAGCCGUCCCCCUACGGGCAGAACCACAACCGGGGCAACUUUGACUGGGGUCUGUCCUUCGGCUGGGAGAGUCUCCCAGAUCAGGAGAAACGGAGGAGGAGGGAUGAAACGUACCCUAUCCGGACCCCGACCUUCGCUGGUGGACUCUUCUCCAUCUCCAAAGAGUAUUUCUAUCACAUCGGGAGCUACGAUGAGGAAAUGGAAAUCUGGGGCGGGGAAAAUAUCGAGAUGUCCUUCAGGGUGUGGCAGUGCGGCGGGCAGCUGGAGAUCCUCCCGUGCUCCAUAGUCGGCCACGUCUUCCGGACCAAGAGCCCCCACACCUUCCCGAAGGGCACGCAGGUGAUCGCCCGCAACCAGGUGCGCCUGGCCGAGGUGUGGAUGGACAACUACAAGGAGAUCUUCUACCGUCGCAACCAGCAAGCUGCGCAGAUGGCCAAAGACAGGGCUUUUGGAGACGUCUCCAGACGCGUCGAACUCCGGGAUCGGCUGCAGUGUAAGAGCUUCUCCUGGUAUUUGAAGAACGUCUACCCAGAGGUCUUCAUGCCUGAUCUCAACCCUCUCCACUUUGGCUCGGUGAAAAAUGUUGGUAAAGACUCGUGCCUGGACGCCGGCGAGAACAACGAGGGUGGGAAACAACUGAUCAUGUAUCCCUGCCACGGUCUGGGAGGAAACCAGUAUUUUGAGUACUCCACCCAUCACGAGGUUAGACACAACAUUCAGAAGGAGCUGUGUUUACACGGGACAGAGGGGACCGUGAAGCUGGAGGACUGCCAGUAUAAAGGCAAGAGCACGUCUGUGGCCGCCGAGCAGAAGUGGGAGCUGAGGGAUAAGCAGCUCUUCCUGCCGGGGCUGGACAUGUGCCUGAGCGCCCGUCACGAGCACCCGACGCUGACCACCUGCAACCCCUCAGACCGAUACCAGCUCUGGCUUUUUGUCUGA